CAGUCCUGAGGAACCCGCGCUGCGCAAAGCCCGCGCCGCUGUCAUCUUGGCACCGACACUAAGCAACCCGGCUAGCCUGGCUUGAUCUAGCCCAUUUCUGGCAGGUAGUGCUGCACUAGUCCCACUUGCACAAGGAGCUCCCUUCCCAAAGGACAUGAAGCUAUUGGAGAACUCCAGCUUUGAGGCCAUCAACUCACAGAUGACAGUGGAGACUGGAGAUGCCCAUAUUAUUGGCAGGAUUAUUGAAAGCUACUCAUGUAAGAUGGCAGGAGAUGAUAAACAUAUGUUCAAGCAGUUCUGCCAGGAGGGCCAGCCACACGUGUUGGAGGCACUGUCCCCACCCCAAACUUCAGACCUCAGCCCCAGCAGACUGAGCAAGAGCCAGGAUGGUGAGGAUGAAAGUCCUCUAAGUGACAAGUGCAGCCGCAAGACCCUCUUCUCUCUGAUCGCCACCCUCAGUGAGUCCUUCCGGCCAGACUAUGACUUCAGCACAGCCAAAAGUCAUGAAUUCAGCCGGGGGCCAAGCCUCCACUGGGUGGUAAAUGCAGUCAACUGCAGCCUGUUUUCAGCUGUUCGGGAAGACUUCAAGGCCCUGAAGCCACAGCUGUGGAAUGCAGUGGAUGAGGAAAUCUGCUUGGCUGAAUGUGACAUCUACAGCUAUAACCCAGAUCUAGACUCAGACCCCCUUGGGGAAGAUGGAAGCCUCUGGUCAUUCAACUACUUCUUUUACAACAAGCAACUUAAACGAAUUGUCUUCUUUAGCUGCCGCUCCAUCAGUGGCUCCACCUACACACCCUCAGAGGCAGGCAAUGCACUGGACUUGGAACUGGGGGCAGAAGAGGUUGAUGAAGAGAGUGGAGGUGGAGGCGGUGAGGGCAGGGCAGAGGAGACCAGCACCACGGAGGAAGACAGGGUUCCAGUGAUCUGUAUGUGAUGAGAAGAAGUGGAGGUCUCAGCUUCAUCCAGCUUCGACCAGUGCCUGGACCUGCCUACCUGAGGAGCUCCAGAGCCUUCCCAGAUGCCGACUACGCCUUGGCACUGCCACCAACCUGGCGCUGCCCAAGGCUAUACCUGCCUAGCCCUUUGGUUU